AUGGGUGUUGAACAAGGAGAUGUUGUCAUGAUCAAGAACGUCAAUCUGGUCAAAGGAAGCUACAUCAAGAUGCAGCCCCACACGACCGAUUUUGUACAUCUUUCCGACCCGAAAUCCGUCUUGGAAUCUGCUCUGAUCAGAGGCUUUACUUGUUCGUCUGCUGGAGAUACCAUCAUGAUCAUGCAUGAGGAGCCUGAGAAAGUUAAACCAGCUGACAAGGUUAUUGAAAAAGCCUCCAUGGAAGUUGGAAAGAAGGAAAAACAAGUAGUAGCAGCUGAUGAUGAGGAACCAAAGUUCAGACCAUUCAUUGGUGUAGCAAAGCGGUUAGAUGGGUCCCCUGUUUUAACCUCUGUUUCCGCCAGUGAAGAGUGUAAACAGACUAGUGUUGUUGGUCGUAAAGCUGGGAAGGUUGUCUUUGGCUUUUCCAAUGCUGUCGGAAAGCCUUCGGAAGAAUCGAAGAAAGUGGAUGACAAAAGAAUAAUAAUGGAGAAGAAGAAGGAAGAAAAGGUUGGUUUUCAGGCAUUCACUGGGAAAAGUUACAGAUUGGGUACAGAAUGA